AUGAUUGCCAAUAAGAAGAUGGCCUCGCUGAUCUCGGUGACUCUGUGCGCCUUUAGUUCGUGCGCUGCUGCACCACUCGGUGUCCUCCGCGGCUCCAAAGUAUCAGUCAGUGCGUCGGUUACGGUUCGUCAAGAUCCGGCGGUAAGCGCUCAAGAUUGGGUGAGCGGACACACCAACGCCGCCGCAGUCGAUACCGAGGAAGAACGGGCACAGCUGCUGGCUUUGGCUUCGUUCUACUUUUCCACAAAUGGAAACUCAUGGACCAACAACACCAACUGGCUUUCCUACACAACUCAUGAGUGCCAGUGGUACAACCAAGCAGAAGAAGAUGCUUGCACCAGCGAUCUAGUAUUUCUGGAAUUGGAUCUCGAAGAGAACAACUUGAUUGGGUCUCUCAAUGGACAGAUUGCCUCAUUGUCAUCGUUGGUAAAGCUUGAUCUCGAAGACAACAUGAUCGGGGGACGGCUGCCAAGUGAAAUAGGCUUGAUGACUAACCUGGAAGAGUUGACUCUCGAGCAAAACUCUUUCACUGGAAGUAUCCCCACACAAUAUGGCGGACUUUCUUUGUUGGAAGAGCUCUAUUUGGAUCGCAACAUGCUGACGGGUGAUGUCAUCAGUGAACUGGGCCUGAUGGCGGCGUUGCAAGAGCUUGACCUGGCAGAGAAUCAUUUGGAAGGGAAUCUUCCAGCUGCGCUGUCUCAGUUGUCAAACUUGGAGUAUCUUGAUCUGUAUUUCAAUAAGCGAUUGAAUGGGUCCCUUAGUGUGGAUGUUUUGCUUCUUCCUGCCCUGGAAGAGCUCGACUUGGAAUUCAACUAUUUUUCAGGUACACUUCCAUCUGAGAUUGGCCUUUCAACAAGUUUGCAAGUCUUGAAGUUGGGUGACAAUCUCCUCAAUGGAACCAUUCCCAGUUACAUUGGAAACAUUUCUACAUUGACUGAACUUCAGCUGGGAGGCAAUGAAUUCUCUACCUCGAUUCCAACUGAAAUUUUCGGCCUGAGUAAUCUUGAGGAGCUAGAUUUAUCAGACAUUGACAACCUGUCUGGGCCAAUUCCUACUUUCAUAGGUUUGGCCACAUCACUCAAGGAGGUGGACAUCCAUGACACAAGCAUCAAUGGAGUCAUUCCCACUCAAAUAGGGCUCUUGAGCUCAUUGGAAAGCUUGGAGCUACACGAAAUUCUAGGUCUCACCGGCAAUCUGCCAGCUCAGCUGACGGGACUUGCAAAUUUAACCAGACUGAACGUGGCUAACACCUCCAUGAGUGGCCUGAUUCAUCCCAAGCUGUGCAACAUCAGUGAGCUAAUUUUUACAUGCAAGCCUGGAGGACUUUGCGGCUGCGGAUGUGAAUGUCGAGAGGCUAUACCUACCUCAAGCCCCAGCAUAGCACCCAGCUCCCGCCCCAGCAGCACUCCUUCCAAGUCUCCAAGUUCCAGCCCCUCUAGAUCUCCAAGCUCCUCUCCUUCCCGGUCUCCGAGCUCGACCCCAUCCAGAUCUCCGAGCUCGUCGCCCUCAACUCAACCCAGUCUCCAUCCCACUGAUUUCUUCGAGUGUCCUCCCCGUGGUCCCUGCGUUGGUGCGUAUGAGGAACAAUGGUGUGAGUCCCUUGUCGAAGAUGGGCGAUGUGCUCGAAUCGUAAUAUUGGAAUCCUGCCCAGUGCAAUUCAAUUGUGUUUCACCCUUGGAUGUUGACCGUGGUGGCGGCCAUCUUCUGUAG